AUGGCGCUGGAUUCCGUGACCGCUCCGUACGUCCUCCUGCUGCUGCCGGGCCCGCCUUCCCCCGCAGUGCGCCAGCUGAGCGAUGUGUAUGGCCCAGCGCUAUCGCAUUUAUUCUCUGGCCUCGCGACCCAGCUCAAAGGCUCUAGCCGGAUAGCAAAGGUUGACGUUGCCUUGGAUAUCCCUCAAUUGCUUUCUGCUCGGUUCCAGCCUCGCGCAAAGGCCUUCGCUAGCCUACAACACCUCCUCGCCAACUUCUACACCCUGGUGGUUGCUGCCAGUGUUUCGAGCAAUGUGGAUUUGGAUGGGCCAGGGGGUCUGGAUGUGAGGGUCUUCUUUGUCGAUGACGACGACUCGUCUCAGGAUCAAAAACACAGGCUACAGGGGCCCGUGAUCAGCCUGAAAACGCUGGCGACCUCGCAGAGGGCUUGGGACCGUGCUUACGGCCUAGACACAAGGGACGGAGAGCAGCUAGCAUCAAAAUUCUCAGGCUACGGUGCUUCUAUAUCUUACGACAAGCUUCCUGGCGGAGCCAUUGGGUCAACACCAUCCGAGACCACCUUAAGUUCGGACGAAGGGCGGAUUACCAGGCAUCAUGCAGUCAUCGUUGGUGGCACUUUUGACCAUCUUCAUCUUGGGCACAAACUACUACUAACCGCUACAGCCUUGGCACUAGAUCCCCCCGGUGAGGAGAAACGAGAAGGCGGGCGGAGAUCACUUUGGGUUGGCAUAACUGGGGACGAAAUGCUCGUCAACAAGAAGUUUGCAGAAUAUCUAGAGAGCUGGGAGGAGAGGUGGCAAAACACUGCAUCAUUCCUCAGGGCUAUAGUCGACUUCAACCCUCCAGUAGCCCAGACAUUUGACAUCCAACGGACAGAGCAGCCCGGUCCUAAUGGCAAACGCGUGUCAACCCAAGUGGCACCAGAUCUAGACAUCCAUUUAGUACAGAUUGCUGACCCGUAUGGACCCACGAUCACAGAGGAGAACCUGAGCGCCUUGGUUGUGUCAGCAGAGACUCGCUCGGGUGGACAGGCAGUAAACACGGAAAGGGACAAGAAAGGAUGGGCAUCCUUGGAGGUCUUUGAAGUCGAUGUCUUGCAGACGGGAGAAGCAGAUGAAGUGGCAAAUGCGUCUAGCAGCAACUUUGAGUCCAAAAUCAGUAGCACAGAUAUCCGGCAGCGUCGAAUGAAGAGCGCCAAAGGCAACCUUUGA